GCAAAAAAAAAGUUUAGCCCAGGCACAUGAGGUACCUACCUGAGCUUGCUUUGGAUAUUUGAAGCAACUUGAGUUUUCGUGGUGUUUUUCUGUCUUUUUUUUUUCUAGACGCAUGUGGCUGCCAUUUCUCGAUCGCUGAUACCUAUCAGGAACCUAAUACCCACACACGCAUUAGUCUAAAGGACACCAAUUCAGACACGCGUUGCAUCGACAUCUCUGUUUGCGGGAUACGAAAAAGGGCGCGCUGGGCAGCUUUACCCCCCACCGACCUCGAUAUACCAACGCACCGCACGAAACCGCAACCGCCACGGGCAAGCAUUCCCCCAUCAAAACAGCAGUAAACUCAACUUGAAAAAAAGGACGGCAAGGCAAUCAUGGCGUCCCAGUUCAUCGGCGCGCAUAUGCUGGUGACGCUGCACCAACCACCUACCAGGUUGCGCGGUGUGGUGACGGAUGUGCGCUCCGGCCAUAGCUUGACUCUGUCAAACGUCUGGUCCGCCGAUACCAACGUCUUUUUGCAGCCAACUGUUACGAUUCAAGCCAUCAAUGUCGCCAACCUGGUCGAAGUUCCCCACCCGCCCGUGGCUCCCAGCAAUGGCCCGAUAGCUGCGAUUCCCGGUGCGCAUGUCCCACCGCCACAAGUAGUGCCUCUUGCCGACCCUGCCAUUGUCGCCAUGAGCAAGCCUCCUUCCGGACCCCGCGCCCAGCCGAACACGAGCGAGAAGAGAGAGCCUGUCCGCACAACGUCUGGAGAGACGACGCCGGUGCCAGCCACCCUGGCUGGGUCUGUCGCGGCAUUGACGGUAGAUACCAGCGAGGUCGACGCUGGAGCCGACGGGGACAGCGAUGCUGCGGCUACUGUCAAGGCGACAUCGGUUCCGGUACCGACUAAAAAGAAGGGACGCAGGGCUCGUGCGGCCAAGGCAGGUCGUGGUGCUGCCGCUCAGGCAGAUCCUGCGACGCCGGGAUCGGCGGGUCGUCAGACGCCGACCGUCCAGGGAUCCAAGGGCUGGAGGCAAACCCCUAUGCUGGAGGACACAUCCUCAUUCCAACCUUACAACUCACUUCGUAAGUCGCGUGGGAGGAAAGGAAACAACUUGGCGGUGGACAAUGGUUGGGCAUCUGAGGACGUCACGGACGUCCAAGAGAUGGGCGAGUUUGAUUUCGAGGGAAGCCUGGCCAAGUUUGAUAAGCACACGCUUUUCGACCAGAUGAGGAAAGACGACGAGAUCGACGAUGCGAGCCGCCUAGUCUCACACAACAGGCUGCCGAAGCCGAAGCCGGGAACUGCGGGUGGCAAGAACCUGCACUAUACUGAAAACGUGCUCGAUGCUACACCGACGAGCGUUGCCAAGGGCAAGGGCGAACUGCCCAACGACUUUUGGAAUAGCGAGGCAGACGAUGGUGUGGUCAAUGGAAGCGAGAGGCUGAGUGGGAGAGAGCUGGGGAGCAGACAAAGUUCACGAAGGGCCGAGAGCAAAAUAUCUACGAACAGGAGAUCUCAGUCAAGAAAGGCCAGCGCAGCCACGGUAACGGGCCCAGUCAGGACAGGCUCGAGUGGGCCGAACCAAACAUUAGCAAGCCCAGGACUUGUCCUCUUGCCCUCUGGACGGAGGGCGGAAACCGUCUCGGCUCUCCAAAUGAUUAAUCUUGAGAACAUUGCGCACAACGAGCUUGGUCUCACGGACGAAAUGAUGACAGAAAAUGCCGCCAGGGGCCUGGCCGAGGUUGCACUGGCUGCGCUUGCGGAUCCGGCGGUAAGGCUCAUAUCAGGCACCGGUGGCAACACGGGCGACUCGUCCGGGCCACCACCUGCCACAGUCGCUAUUCUCGCGGGAAACAACAAGUCCGGUAUAAGAGCAGUCGCCGCCGCACGGCAUUUACGAAACAAGGGCGUCACUCCUGUGGUGUGCGUUGUGGGUAUGGAACGGGGCGAGCGUGAAUUGCUCGAGGGCAUGCGGCAACAGCUUCGGUUACUACGAAACUUUGGGGUGCGGACGUGCUUCUCAAAGAGCGAAUUCUUUGAGCAUGUACGCAAGAUCAGUAUUCCAACGUUGACGGUUGACACGCCACGGGGUGCCAUAAUACCCAAGCCGCCUGCCGUCACGCUCAUCAUCGACGCACUGCUAGGCCUGGCCACGCCCUUUGACGAGCUGCGGACGGGUGAGCAGGCAACGGUAUACGAGUUGAUAGAGUGGGCAAACCGCAACGAGGCGUUUGUACUGGCAGUCGACGUGCCGACAGGGGUCGACCCAACGACGGGCCACGUCAGCAUCGUUGACGGGACCCGAUUGUACGUCAGGCCGCGGUUUGUGGUAGCAAUGGGAGCUCCCAAGAAAGGUCUGCUCGAAACGAUGAUGUCCAGUGAAGGUGAAGAGGCAGCAGCCGAGGAUUGGAAGCUGUCUAUAGCGGAUAUUGGCUUGGGCCCGGCCGUGUGGAGGAGAGCAGGAACCAAGAUCCGGCGAGGUAUCGACUUUGGCGACCGAUGGGUCGUUGACAUGAAGUUUUCGAGGAACGCCGGUGCUGCCAGUGCUGCUACGUCGAAUUAGACCCCCGAAGAGGGGGCGGGGGACACAUAGGAUAUGCGGUUUACAAGGAAUACACGUGCAUGGCCACGGACGAUUAAGGGAUACGAAAUGAUACCAAAUUAUACCCCAAUCCUCGCGAAAGAGACCCUUUUAUGUGUUUUGAUUGCAUCAUGGGCAAUAAGGUGUUUCACACAGGUACAAAGCCCAGAGUAAGUGGCAAGGAACAGUUUUUGAUUACUCCUGUGGCUCAAGAGGUAUUAU